AUGCAGCACCAAGUAAUGAAACGCAACAUGCCUUCAGAUUUGGGCUGGGGGAACGGACCAGAAGGAGGUUGCAACCCACAGAAUUUCGCUUCAGGCAGUGGAUCAUGGACAUCCACCGCCAACCAAGAUUCCGUGAAUUCGUCAUCUUCUAUGUGGCAAGGCAUGGGGAAAUCUGACAGUGCUUCAGACACAGGAGACGAUGCUUCAUCUGGCAAAUCAGGAUCCACCAUCUGCAGUGUCAACAAUACCACAUCCCAAUCACAAGAUACCUCUAGCAUUAGCAGCACAAGCGUGACUCCAACCAGUUCUUCUAGUCUGUGGAAUACAUCCAGUGCCACACUGUCUGGCUUGGAUGCAAGUCCAUGGGGAAGCAGCAACUCCCCAGCUCCCUCAGGUGUGGGCCCAGUAGGCUGGUCAUCAAAUCCAUCAAGUCUUUCACUUUCUUCCGGCCAGGGUCACAACAACAUGCAAGCUGGAUCAAACAUUAUUGGUGGUUCUGUUGGCUCGGCUAGCUCUUCCACUGGUUGGUCACCCAGUGUAUCUGGCAGUGGGCUAACUAACAACCAGGGGCUGUCAUCUGGCAGUGGAAUGCAGCCUAAUACACUCAGCUCUCAAUGGCAGAGUGGCAGCACACUGUUAGGAAAUAUUGGAGACUUUGUUAAGACAUCAGAUUCAGGAUGGACCAACCCUACAUCAUCUCUUCUUGACAGCAGCAAAGAUGGGGCAGGAGGUGUAGCUGAUAUGAGAAUGUGGGGACUUUCAGCCGACAGGUCAGGUGAUUCCCAGUGGGCUACAGCUAAAAGCCAGUGGGGCAACGCUGGCUCUGUAGCUGGCAGCGAACAUGGAGGCAGCAAUGCAGAACUAUCUUUUGCUCAGGCUACCCAGAAAGGACUUAAAAUUCAGCCACCUGCAAAUGGUCCUCAAACUCCAUUGACUUCGCGCCAGGAGGAAAUUUUACGUGCCAUAGAAAGCCACGAAGGUUGGGGAUCCCGCCCAAUACGUCAAGACACAAGUUGGGAUGUAGAAAUUUCGCCAAAAUCCCUCCGCAAAUUUUCGACUGCCAACAAUGAAGCUGCAAAUGUGUGGAAUAACAGCAACGGUACUGCUAUUUGGGAAGCUUUUCGUGAAAAUCAGCGCAGUAAUUUGACUGGCGGAGCACCUGCAGCUAAUUCCUACAUUGCAGAAAAAGAUCAGCCCAAUUGGGCGGGUGCUGCUAGGAUGCAACAGGAUCCCAACACUUGGAACAUUGGAAAUAAUGCAAAUGGGAAAGACUUUGGAACCUGGGGAGUUACAGCUGGUGCCGGAGAUGCUUCCAAUAAAAUGUGGGGGCAGAAAACAGAAGUUGGAUCUUGGGAUGACACCGGUGUGCAGCGCACCACUAGCAUGUCAUCUUGGGGCGAUGAUGGAGAUGCUGGUUCCUGGGAAGAUCAGCGGCGUAUGACCAGUGGCAUGGGGAACAUGCAGGUCAUGCCCCCUAGUCCCGGAAUGGGAGUUUCAGCAGGCAUGGGGCCCCGGAGUGUUGGAGGUGUGGGUAUGAUAGCAAGUGGUGUUGAUGCUACUCCUUGGAAUGAUGGGCAGAAGCAAGGUUGGAAUUCUGCCAAUGCAGCAGUGGUUACUCGCACAAAUGUGGAUGAGCCAUGGAAUAAGCCACCCCCUACUAGGUCUGGAUGGGGGGAGACGGCACAUGAUGCUACAGACGUUGACAAUGGAACUGGCCUGUGGGCAUCCAGUGUGCCAAAACAGUGUAUUCCUCUGUCCCAGGGAAAGGUUCCAAGCUGGACUGACUCUAGUCCUCAGGGACAGUGGAAUGCUGCUGUUGGAGCUAAGCCAAAAAUACCAGCAGGAUGGGAUGAAACAUCAUGGAAUCUGGCACAGAGAGCUAAGAUGCCACAAAAGUUUGUCAGCAAUGGCAGUAAUCCACCUACACAGAUGAGAGCAAAGCUUCUUCAGCACCUUCUGGAUAUGGGAUUUCCGAAGGAGCAAGCACAGGCUGCUCUUAUCACAAACAAUCUGAAUCUCGUUGGGGCCAUAAAUGAUCUGAAAGCUGGUAAUGUUAAUGUGUCCAGAAAAGAUCUUGAUAUGGAUGUUUUUCAACCAAAUGGAUCUCAGUCACACAUGCCUUAUAUGUCCAAAGGAGGAAUCGGGAGUGACAAUAUGUCUGAUGUCCGCCUUGAUCAAGUGCCUAAUUUUAAUAACAUGCAGAAUACUCCCUUUCCUAAUGCUCAAAUAUCAAAUCAGUCAUUUGUGCAAAGCAAUGCUAGUCUGCCUCCAUCUAGUCUCAACCUCAAUAAUUCCAGUAUUACUCCAAAUCUUCAACAAAAACUAAUGCAGAAGAUUCAGCAACAGCAACCGCCUCCAUCCGCAGCACUGAGCCAGAGAGCAAUGCCCGCUGCCAGCAGCCAAGUGCCACCGCAGCAGCAACAGCAGAUUCUAGCCCAGCUGCGCCAGGCCGUCAGCAAUGGGUUUAUAUCACCACAACUGAUCAACUACCAGCUACCCCACAAUAUACUUGUCCUGCUGCAGCAGUUACUGCAGCUUCAGUCCGCCCUUCAGAAUGUGAUGAGUAAGCAGCAGCAGCUGAUACAGCAGGCUCGGGCUACAGGCAACCCCAGUAACCCACAGCUGGAACAGAUGUCCGGAAUCAUCAACAACAUCAACCAGCAGAUCAUCAAUGUGCAGAAGCAGCUGCAGCAAGCACAGAAUGCUCUGUUCAGUAGCCAGAAGCCACCAGUUGCCAGUCAGCCUCCUUCAAACACACUCACUGCUCAGUCAGGAGUUAACAUAAUGGAUAGCUUGGAUGCCCUAAGUAAUGAUUUGGCAAUUGUGGCCCUUCAGAAUCAGUCACGCUUGUCCACUCAGUGGAAAUCAGAUAUGUCAUCUAGUGCUCGUGCUGAUGGCACAAACAGCUCCACAUUACCAAUGGGGGCUGCAGUUAAAACCACAGAUAACAGUGGAGACAACAAAAUACCUGGGGUUAAAGGAACGCUCCAGUCUUCAUCCUCAUCAAACCUGAACCUGAUCCCAGGUGGUUUGGGAAUGACAGGCGAUAAAACAUGGUCAUCAAACCUGUCAGCUACUUCUACUUCAAGCUGGCCCUUAUCCACCGACAGUCUAAGCACCAACUCUCAAACUGACCAGAAAGCAUCCAACUCUACCAAUAUGUCUACCUCUCUUUUGUCAAGCUUGUCUUCAGGGGUUGCAGAUGUCAUUCCAGAGUUCAUUCCGGGUAAACCCUGGCAGGGGUUCACCAAAAAUGUGGAAGAUGACCUGCACGUGACCCCUGCCAGUAUCCAGUUUCAGCGCUCACUUAGUGUCAACAGGGUACAUGAGGAGUCUCUCAACCAUCUAGAUGGUAACAAGUUCAGUGGCAGCUCAUGGAGCACAGGUCUCAAGAAUGACAACAGUCUUGGCUUGAGUCAGCUGGGUAGCCAUCCUCCCCCUGCUAUGGCAGCAUCCAAGGGCAUGGGUGGACAACAGUGGUCAACUGGUGGCUUUAAUCGACAGACCUCAUGGCCUCAUUCUGGCACUUCAGCAUUUACUAAAGUGGCUGGGCCAGGCUGGAAUGAAAGCAAUGUUGCUCCUAGCUCAUGGUUGUUGCUGAAGAAUCUAACCGUGGAUGGCAGCACAGUCCGUGCUCUCAGUGCUCAACAUGGAACCCUGGUCAGUUUCUACCCAUUGGCACAAGGUCAGUUUGCACUGGUUCAGUAUGCUAACAGGGAGAUGGCUUUUGUGGCCCAGCAGCGCUUAAACAAUUUCCAGAUGGGCUCCACAGUAAUCACUGCAGAAUUCAUCAGUGAAGCGGAUGCUCAACGAGUUGCCGCACAGAUUCCACCGCCACCACCACCACCGCAAGCAAGUUCUAUUCCCCCCGUGAAUAACAGUCUCUGGUCUCAGGCCCCGCCUUCCACACCAUUUCAGAAUGCGGGCAUGCGCAGUGGUGACCCCUGGAGCACCUCCACAUCCCAUCACAGCUCAAAGUAUGGGAGCGGGGGAGACAACUACUGGGGUCUUUGGGAUAGACCUGAGCACAAUCCAAACCCACUCAGCAACAUCCUUGGAGGAGAAUCAAUGUAA